UUUCAUCAUCACACUGUGCCUCCACUUCUCUUUUCUGCUAGUUGUGUUCUUUUCCUUUGAGCGGCUCGUCUUCAACAACCAGCUGAAAUGGAGCAAGUUAGCUGGUGCAUACAGAUCAAGCUCUCUCGCUCCUCUCUUUUAACUUUCUUGCCACCACUGCACUUUUAUUUAUUUCCCCGUCCCCGGCCGUAUUUAUACACCGUUUCUUCUUCUCUUGCUUUUCCCCACCCUGAACUUCUGAAGCAAGCAAGCAAGCAACCGAGCUCAACUACUGCUGCUCACCUCAGCUGCUAGCUCCUGACAACAACGCAGGGGGCCGGGGGGCGCCAUGGACCUCCCCGUGGCGCUCGCCAUCCUCUUCUUCUGCGUCCUCCUCCUCUCCUCCGCCGCCAUCGCCGUCCUCCUCGUCCGCCGCUGCCUCGCCGCCCUCCGGCGCCCCGACGCCGACCCCGAGGCGCGAGCGGUCGUGCCCCAGCGGCCGCAGUACGAGCUGGCCUUGUCAGCGGAGGCGCCAGCCGCAGAGCAAGCGACCGACCGCAAGGACGCGCCGCGGCGGCUCACGUGGCGGGAGGUGGAGGCGCUGACCGGCGGCUUCGACGAGGCGGCCGUCGUGGGCAGGGGCGGCUCCAGCACCGUCUACCUCGCCAGGCUCCGGGACGGCGCGCCCGUCGCCGUCAAGGUGCACCGCUGGUGCGGCGGCGAGCGCCGCCUGCGCGCGUUCCGGCAGGAGCUCGACCUGCUCCGCCGCAUCCGCCACCCGCGCAUCGUCGCGCUCAUCGCCUACUCCGACGACCACGAGGAAGGAGGCGCGCUGGUCCUGGAGUACGUCGCCGGCGGCACGCUCGCCGACCGCCUCCACGGCGGCGCCACGGCCCCUCUGUCGUGGCCCCAGCGCAUGCGCAUCGUCCUCGACGUCGCCUGCGCCCUGGAGCACCUGCACGACGCCUCCACCCCCGUGGUCCACGGCGACGUCUCGGCGUCCAACGUGCUCCUCGACGCCCGGGGGCUCGGCGCGCGGCUCUGCGACCUGGGCUCCGCCUGCGAGGGCUUCUCGGCCGCCGUGGCGCCCACGCGCGCCGCCGUGGGCUCGCCGGGCUACGCCGACCCCUUCUUCCUCCGCACCGGCAUCGUGUCCAAGAAGUCCGACGUGUACAGCUUCGGCGUGCUGCUGCUCGAGGCCGUCACGGGCAUGCCGGCCGCCGGCGCGCCCGGGUCGGAGAACCUGGCGCCCCGGAUACUGCCGCGCGUCAGGGCGCAAGGGGUGGCGGGGCUCGUCGACGGCAGGCUAGGGGAGGGGUACGACGACGAGGAGGCCGGCGACGUGGCGAGGAUCGCCGUGGAGUGCUUGGCGGCGCAGCCGGGGCUCCGGCCGGCGAUGGGUCAGGUGCGUGCGGCCAUCGCGGAGAAGGCGGCGAGGUCCAUUGCCAAGGCUGAUCUCGGCGACCACCAUAUUCAGCUGAGCAAGCUGUUGGAGCUCACAUGAUUCAGGCAGGAAUCUGCAGGGACGACAAUUGCUUGCUCACAUGAUUUUCCUAGCACAUUGUUUGUUUAGAGUUAAGACGUCUUAGCUUCACCCUGCUGCCUCUUUCUAUUUUCUGUUUUUAUAGAAGUAAAAUCCUUCGGUUGUUACGUUCUAGGUACAAAUUAAGAUCCACGGCGAAAACUUAGGCUUGUAAGAAAAAAUGAUUGUGCAUUAGAGAAGACUUUAGAGUGACCAGAGUGAAAUGUAAAUAUGGAUGGAAUUAUCUUAUCUUUUUCUUUCGUAAUUAAAAGAAUAAAGUUAGUGUGGGCCAGCGCACCACCAGCAAUGAUUC